CGUGCUUUUGUCAUCAUCCCAUUGUCGCUGUGUCCUGCCUACCCAAUCGACGCUACGGAAGCCUCGCGCAUUGUCCGUCCACGCGGCAAAGGUAUAAAAAGAUUCCGCAUUUCCCCCGCCCAGUCGCGCAAAUACGCCGGUGCGACGGCUGCACGCUUACCGUGCUGUACGAGUCCACCAUCCUCGCGCACGUCGCACGCAACGACAUGUGUCGGGAGCCUGGUCCGGAGCGCCUGCGCGUGUUGCGCGCGUUCGAGGAGCGGGAGGACGUGCAGAUGAUUCGGGAGACCAAGUCGAGCAGAGAGACCCUGAGAGAAAUGAAUCGUGAAUUGUACAGCUUGUUCAGGGAGAUGACCAAAGAAGAGGAAAUGGC